AUUCUGUAACGGUUCUAACAGCUGGGAGCAGGUGGUGCAGCUGAGUCCUCUGCUCUGGCUCUGGGAUCUGCUACCCUUGCCCUCAGUGGCUCAGCUCUUCCAGUGCCUAGGGAGGCCCCUCCCACUGGCGCACCGGGAGCUGUCUUCUGCCACGUCUUUCCGCUAGGUGGUUGCCAGCCUCCACUCUGAAGUUUUCCUCAUGUGAACACAGUUUUUCCAAAGAUUUUGCAAGCGUGUAUCGGUCUCUGUGUUAAGUGACUGGAACUGAGUCUAAGUUCAUUCACGACAGGGAGCGCUCCGCAAUGAAACCUCAUUCACAGACCAGUCCCCCUUCCCUUCCCAUGCCUUCUACAUCCUGCAGGCCAGGUCAGACCCAGAAGCCAAAAGCCUGGAAUUGGCAUUUGGACCCCGAGCUGUGGGCAAGAUCUGUUCGACAGCAAUUGAAUACCUGCCUCCACUUUAUUCUGGAAGAGAAGAAAAACCCAUGGUUUUAUACCCUUCAGUCUGGGCUCGUUGGAUGUAGCUGCAGCGGACAAGAACACUCUUGGGACUGUCAAAUGAAACAGGAGGAUCUCAAGGCAGUGGUUGAAUCAGAGCAGCGGACACUGCUGAAGCUGCUGCUGUCUGAGCUUCAGUCUCUGUUCUCAGCUGUGAUGCAGGAUGGCAGUUGUGAAGCUUGGCGCUAUCUGCAUGCAGUACUGGGCCUGUUGCCUCCAUACCGUGAGAUGCUAGCUGGUCAACUCGAGUUGCUGCCCUUCCUGGAGCAGCUGUACUGCUGGGCACCCAAGGUCCAAGCCCGGCUAGAGCUGGACCUGCUAGAUGCCAUAGACAAGGCCUUUCCCCCAGACAGUUCUUUGUUACAUAGUUCUUCCCAUGUUGACUGUGGUCUAUGGAUGAAGAGGUUUCAUCGAGGGCCUCCAUGCUCAGCAUGCCCUUUUGUGAAGGCCCAGUGGGACCGGCAACAAAAAAAGGAAUUGGCCACGUGGCUCCGACCAUUGACACUGCCUGAGCUACAGCACUGUCUGGGCAUUGUUGGUGCUGAGGUGGCCCUAGAAGAGACCCCAUGGCUGGACAGCCUUAGUCUUUUGCCCUUGGCACUGGCUACAGACAUCCCUGUACAGUAUGAAAGCAGUGAUACUGAGCAGGCAGAAGGCGAACCUGCUGGGAGAAAACUUCAGGUUGCCUCUGAAGCUCCUGAGGAGAAGGCCCUCAAGAAGAAAAGCUCUAGGACUCCCGUCUUGAGAAGUCAGGUGAAAUCCCUUCUGGAGAGAGACUGGACCCAGAAGAAGAUCCACUUCCUUUAUCUCAAUGUGGUUUCUGAUCGUCACUUUAACCCUUACAAGCUGGUGGCAGUGCCACCAGACAAGGUGAAUCCUGAGCACUACAUCUUCUCUCCCUUUGGGAUCCUGCAUAUACAUCCUGUGGAGGGCAGUGAGGCAAUGACACUGGGCACUUGGCACCGAGACUGUGCUCUCUGGCGUGAGCUCCAGCGCAUCCCAUUCUUUAAGAAUUGCCUCUUGCGAAAGGCGUUGACCUGUUGGAAGAAAAAUGUGAGGUUGUGUGGGCUGCAUCGGAUCCAGACUUUCUUGAAGACUCAUCUGCUCUCGGCUAUUCCUCAUUUUGGAGCUGGGAUGCUCCAUAUUAACAGGCUUCUUCAAGAGUUUCGUUCUGUGUCCUGGCUACCCAAAGAGCCAGAUAGGUCCUAUGAGCUGGUGGACCUGCAGAAGGCAAUAGCCAAAGAGAACCACAAGGCUCUUCGAGUGCUCUGUCACUUUCUGAAUCUCUGUACAUCCAUUCUUCAACUGAUUCAUGAAGACACAUAUCAAAUGCAACAGGGCCUGCAGGAGAGAGUGCAAAACUGGAACAGGAUCAGGAAAGGCCAAGGCUCCAUAUACCUUCAGAGGACGCUGUGCAGACAUCUGGAGAAGAAGCUGAAGCAGGCCGAAACAUGGUUGUUGAAGUUGGGAAAGUUUGCCCGCCUGAUUGACUACAUGAUUUGUCAGAACCUUGUAUCCAUCUUAGAAGAUGAAAUAUCUUCCUUUAUAGCUAAUACUCUGCAAGCCCCAAGGCAAAACCCCUUUCUCUUAUCACAGCUGGUCUUUGAUGACAAUGGUCAGUUGUCACCUAUGCCCCGUGUUGAAUCUAUAAUCCAGGGUCUCAUUAAGAGCCUGCAGUCUAUCAAGACCUCUGCCUUAAAGGUACUGCAGUCUACAGAUCUGAGGACCUCCAGAGAUCUCCUGUAUUCUGAAGACAACAAAGACCAGGACUCAAAUGCAGAAUUCCUGAUGCCCAAGUUUCAUGGAAAGGCCAGCGAUGCUGUUCGCCUCUUCUGUGGCCCUAACGUAGGAUACGUGUGGCCUUGGAAGUCUCAUGCAAUUACUGAUGUCCUGGAAGUCCGUGGGCACAAGCUACGGGGUCAGUUUCUGCACCCCAAUUAUGAUCAUGUGCAGGAGGACUUGGACAAGAAUGCUGGAAUCCAACAGGCACUUGCUGUACAACAGUCACUCUUGGAGGACAUGAGGCAGGAGGUGCAGGAAUUCUGCAAUAAACACAAGUGGGUAGAAGGCAUCUAUGAGUUCCUGAAAGCCUGGAGCUCUCAGAAGCUAGAGGACCUGAGAGGCUCUCCUAUUAACAAUUAUGUAAAUCUGGUAAUCCAACUGAAAAAGUGGCAGGAACGUGUCUCCAAUAUGUCUGUCGAAUUACUGACAAAAGGCAAGUUGCUGUUCCUGAGUGGCCAUGAUGUUCAAGAAGAGUUGGGAUCCAAGUUAAAUAACAUGAGGAAGAACAUUCUUGAACAGGCGCAAAAUGAAUGCUGGAGCCGUAAUCAGCAGCUGAUGACAGAACUGACAGAGUUCUUGCGGGUCUUCCAAACCAUCAGCUCAGACAUCCAUGCCAUUGCACAGUGCUCCCAGAAACUAAGUGAAGCCAAUGAGCAAUACUGCCAGCUAGAGGAGCGAGUGGAAUAUGUCCGAUCACUCCAUGACCUCAUCCGAAACCACUGUGCCCUCUUCAUUGCUGAGAAUGAGACUCUAGACAUUGCGCUUCUAGAUUUAUGGGAGGCAUUUCAAUUUGAAAGAAGCCAGGUUUCAGAGUUCCUGCUCAGCAAGCAACAUGCCAUUGUGCCCAGGCUGCAGCAGCUGAUGGCAGCAGCAUUGGCAGAGCUGGAAGGCCUGCUAGCGAAGGCACUGUCUGGUCCCUUUAUGGAUCCUUCACAAGAACAGAGGAGCACUGAGCAACAGCUUGGUGCCUUGGAGCAUCAGUUCCUGAAUAUACUCAAUAACUUCAAUGCCCUAUGCAAUGCUUACUGCACCUUCACUGGGUAUAAGAAGCCUAUGUCUCCUCCUGCUUCUGGGAACCGGCCUAUAGUACUGCAGCAGCGCAUCUGGCGGCUUUACCGGAUCAUCUCUGAAAACCUGGGCGAGUGGAAAUGCGUGGCUUUUAGCAAGUUCAACCUUUCUAUGGCCCGGGAGAAGACCGAUGCCUGGCUGACAGAGGCUGUAAGGCUCAGCACAGCCCUGGGGCUGCAAAGCCCUGUGCUACAACGCUGUAUGCGCAUGCUAGAGGAGUUUCGAGCCUAUCUGCCUUUGCUUAUUAAGCUGGGCAACCUCCAGCUGCAGGACCUUAAUACUCAAUCCCUCUUGAGAGCAUUAGGGCUGGGUAGUCUACGAAGCUUGGACCUCCUUACACUGGGCCAGAUGCUCAAUUAUCCACUGCUGGAAUUUGCAGAACGAAUCAAUCAGGUCUGGCAGUACGAUAAGGAACGGAUUCAUGCCCAAGAGAUCCUACAGCAGAUGCAGCAGUACUGGGAGGGGCGCCAGCUGCGCCUGCUCAACUUCAUCCUGCAUGUGCCCUACAAGCCCCCAACCUCAGAGCGCUCUAAAAGGCCAGCACUCCGAAGCCCCCAGUGGGAGUUAGUGGGCAAAGAUAGUGGCACCUUCCUCCUCUCAGACUACAGCAGCCUGCAAGAUGCCAUCCAGAACAGUCUCCAGGCUCUAUUCAAGAUCCUAGCCAUCCAAAAGUCAGGACAGUUGCAUAAAAUAGCUUUAGAAUGGGUAGCCAUCAUGUAUGGCCUGGGUGCCCUGCUGGAGGUAUGGGUGGCUUUCCAGCAGAAGUGGAUUUUUCUGAAUAAAGUGCUACAUGAGAUGAAGAUCGAGUUUCCUGCUCCUGAGCUGAAUGCUCGUUUCAAGGCCAUGGAUGAUCAGUAUCGGACUCUAAUGCGCAUCUCUGUGGCUGACCCAAUGGUUCUGUCACUUAUACUGCCCAACACCAAGAGGAGCCCUUACUUCCAAGGCCAGCAUCUACAGCAAAUGCUGAAAGCAGGAUCAGGAGAGCUGGAGGCCAUCAUCAUGGCUCUGGAGGAUGUCCUCUAUGGGGUAUGUGCCAACUUCCCCCGCCUCUUCUUCCUCAGUGACAGUGAACUGGUGGCCCUGUUGGCUGCCCCUCUAGAUACCCGCGAGGCCCAGCUAUGGGCACAGCGUUGUUUUCCUCACAUUAAAGCUGUGAACUUCAGGUCCAAAUCAACUAAAAAGAAAAUUAACCAGGAUUCAAGCUCAAGUACAGAGAGUGCGGAGACAAUUGCUGUGCUAGCGGCAGGUGGAGAGGAAGUGAAGCUUCAGGAACCCCUUCCUCUACAUACAGAUCUUCCUAAGUGGCUAGCCUCUUUGGAGAAGUGUCUGCGGUUUAUAAUAGUGAACCUGCUGCAGAGCUGUGUGGCCACCCGCCUUGCUCAAGGCCCAUCCCUCAUUAAGGCUUUGAAGGCAAUGCCUCAACAAAGACAGAUGCCCAUGCAAGUGUAUGUCCAGCACUGGCUAGAUGCAGUCCAAGUUUUUCCAUGGCAGUGUAUACUGGUGGCAGAGGAGGUGGUGUGGCGAGCUGAGAUGGAGGAGGCUUUGCUUGAGUCAAGGACUAUGCACAUGCGUUCCGUACAUGUACACAAUCUUGAGGUACUGGUGCAAUUUAUACGCUCUCAGAGGAGCUCUCAGGAUGGGAAGUCUCUGCCUUCUGUUCGCCAGACUAGUCUAUUCAGUACCCUGCUGGUCAAGGCAGUGACUCAUAGGGAUAUAGCCCAACUCCUGGAGAAGAACCAAGUCAGUGAUCUGACAGACUUCCACUGGGUCCGCCAACUUAAGUAUCACCUGGGUUCAUCUCACUUGAACCUCAAAAGCCCCGUGCAGUGUCUUACAACUAUUGCAUCUACUGAGCCCUCUGUGUCACCCGCUGCAUGCUGGAUAGAUGUGCUCGGCCGGUCCUUCAUGUACAAUUAUGAGUACAUGGGGCCCAAACUGGGGCCUCUACCUAGCCUGAUGCAUGAGCGUCAAGUAUUUAUUCUCUUAAUGGCCUUAGAUGAGGUGGCCUAUGGGGCCAUACUUGGCAGGGAUGGUCUGGGCAAGGCAGAAACUGUGAAUAGCCUGGCAUGGACCCUGGGCCGCCAGCUGGUAAUAAUGCCCUGCUUGCCCCAGAUAGAGUUCCAAUGUCUGAGAAAUUAUCUGAAUGGUGCCCUUCAGAGUGGUGCCUGGCUGCUGUUAGAGAAUGUUAACCAACUACCUUCUAGCCUGCUCUCUGCCCUGGGCCAGCGUCUGGAUGAACUGCACUAUCUUUAUGCCCCACUAUAUCAGAAAGCUUCCAAAAACAUAAGUACCAUAAACCCUACUAAACCCCUACUCCUUGGUGGUGGUUUCUUUGAGAAGCAUCAAGUGUCUAUGCGUCUUGGCUUUGGCUGUUUCUUGACACUUCAUUCCCUGGGUCCUGAUAUACCUGCCAAUCUGCAUCUGCUACUGCGUCCUGUGGCAUUGGCACUGCCUGACCUUCAGAGAGUGGCAGAGCUGAACCUGCUGGGAGCAGGGGUACAAGAUGCCUCCCAAAUGGCUUCUCGCCUAUCUAAAUUAUUUUCCCUAGAACGUGAGCUGGUGUCUGGGAACUUGCCCUGCCGCUUGCCACUGCUCAAGCAGGUACUGGAACACACAAUACAGACACUAAAUACAUCCCAAGAAAAGAAGUCCCAGCAGCCCUACGACCCCGCUGCCUCUGAGGAGGCUGCCCUACUGCGUGCCCUGUUGCAUUCACCACUGUUCAGCAUUCUCGAUGGCCUCCGUCUACAAAAGCUCCAAGAACUGCUCUGUGGGAUUUUUCCUAAUGCUAGCCAUGUGCUGGCUGAGCCUGUGUCCCAUAGACUGAUUAAAUCAGUAGUGGUGGAAGAACUCCAGCAGUUAGGCCUAUUUCCUGCCUCUAACACGGUGACAUCUCUGGAGCAGCUGAGUCAGGCCCUGAGCCGGGCCUCUGGCAUUCUGCUCCUGGGCCCUGCAGGCAGUGGCAAGAGUACUUGUUGGAGGAGCUUAUUUAAGAUUCAGAAUCGGCUGGCAGCCAUGGAACACACCUCAACCAAGGGUUUCCAAUCUGUGGAAAUUGUCCACCUAUACCCUAGUGUGCUCAACUCCAAAGAAUACCUAGGGUGGUCAGAAGGUCCCUCCUGGCACUAUGGCAUCUUUCCUAAGCUCCUUCAUGCUGCCCCUUAUUGUAAGAGUGUGGGCUCAGAAGAGCCGUCAGAGAAAUUCACAGGGAUCCAGCAAUGGAUAAUAUGUGAUGGGGCCCCUAAUCAUGCAUGGACAGACUCUGUCACUUGCCUUCUGAGGGACCCUCCUCAGCUGAGUCUCCCAAAUGGGCAACAGAUAGCACGACCCCUAGGUACUUUUUUCUUGAUAGAGGUGGCAGAGGCAGCAGGCAUGUCUCCUACUGUGUUAGGCCGGUGUGCUCUUGUCUGGUGUAGUGGGGAACAGACUUGGCAUUCCAUGCUUAGUGUCUUGAUGGCAUCUCUGCCACAUGAAUACCACCUACAGCAAGAGACAAUCACUGAGUUCAACUACUUAGCUGAAGUGCUGGUGCCUUCAGUGCUCCGAUUCCUUACCCGCAUAGGUGCCAGUUCUCAGCUACAGGUACAUGGGCAUCAAGCUGUUUGCCCGGGUGUGGCAGAAGUCACCAGCCUGGUCCGUAUCUUGCGUGCUCUACUUGACCCCCUUCUACACUUAUUCGAGGAAGAGAAGUCAUACACCAAAGAGGACUUUAGUGGCAGUGAUCUUGUGACCCAAAACUUCAAAUCUUCAAAAACCAGGGUCCAGUCUGACCGUGUCAAUGUGAAUAAAAAGCAGAGAAGACAUUUGCUGGCUAUCAGCAGCUUUCUUUUUGCCAUAAUCUGGAGUUUUGGAGCCCACCUUCCCUCCAGACACUGGCCUCUCUUUGAUGACUUCAUGAAGAAGUCUAUUAGUUCCCUGCCCAACUACCCUGAGCCACCUCCUUCAGCCUUGGUGUUUGAUCUACAUGUAAACUUUGAAGAUGGGACACUGGUCCCCUUCACUGGCCAGUAUCUGAGCACCCAUGUCAAAGGAAAUCUGGGUUCUUUCCAGCCCUCUUCUCAGACUGAACAGCUUUUGUAUGUGGUGGACCUGCUUCUGUCAAAUGGACAGCCAGUGCUGCUUGCUGGAGAGAUAGCAACGGGAAAGUCAGCUUUUGUGGAGGUGCUGGUGAAGCCAAAUUACCCUGUCAUUCACAGUCCCAUUCACCCUGCCUUAAAUUCUACUCACCUUCGUCACCUGCUGAGCAGAGGAGUCCAUGGCCAAACACAAGCCAGUUCAAUUCCUGGGCAUCACCAGGACUCCAAAGGCUCCAUCCUUUUUCUGAUGGAAGAUCUGCACCUGGCUACUUUUGAUCCAGAGAAGAACUGCCAGCCAGUGCUGGAGACUCUGCGGCAGGCAAUGGAAGGCACCAUCUAUGCCCACAACACCUUGGAAUUACAGACUCUGCAGACUACAGUCAACUUCCUUGCCACUGCUACAGUGCCAGGCUACUCUGAGCGCCCGCUCUGUCCACGUCUCUACCGACUCUUCACAGUGCUGGCCCUGAACAGCAUGACUCAGGACACCCUGUUGAGCAGGCAUGUCCCUAGUAUUCAAGCCUGGCUUGAGCGCUUCCCUUCUGUGGAGCGGGAGCACACUCUGGCAAGAGCCCUUGUCAGGGCUUCAGUGGAGGCGUGGGAGGCUGUGUGCAAGUGUUUCAUGCCUUCACCCCUCCGCCCACACUACCGCUUCUCCCCACAUUCUGUGAGCCACAUUUUGGGAAGCCUGCAGCUGCUGCCUACCAGAAUGGGUUCACGAGGUUUUGCAGAGACUUUCCAUCACCAGGAGUAUCUGCGACGGGUAUCCGGCUUGCGUGGAACUCGCCUGACUAUCAUGAUGUCUAUGCGUGUCAUGGUGCGUCUUUGGUUGCAUGAGGCACAAAGAACAUUUUGUGACCGGCUGGACAGCGAUAGGGAACGUUCCCAUUGUGCUAAGCUGCUUCUAGAAGUAGCUCAGAAUGUCUUCUGUGGUGGGCCAGGGUCUGAGUCCUUGGCCAAGGACUGUGAGGAAGAGGAGGUGGAGGAGGAGAAAGUGCCUGAAGUAGAAUCUGAAGAAGAAAUAGCCCAGUGGGAGACCUUAAGCAACAGUGACAGUGGAUCAGAGGAAGAGGAGGAUCCAUAUGGCCUUCAGGCCACCACAGGCUCAUUCCUCAGUGAGAACAGUCUAGCACCAUUCCCCAGAAAGUCAGUAAACAAGGAGAACACAGAAAAUGUAAGUCAGAUGGCCGAGCAGGAGGAAGAUAUAAGGGAUUCUAGCAGUAAGCUCCAGUCCAAGACACCCAAGCAUGAGUGGCAGAUGGCACCCCAGAUGGACUUAAGUUUACCUUUGUUGCUACCGGUGCUAUUGUUCUAUCCCCAGGAGAGUCCCUCAGACCUGGUGUUCAGUCUGGAGCUUACACUGGGAUCUAACUUUGAGAGUCCCAACUUGUACCUGGAACGGCAGUGGGAAAACCUUGAAAAGCAGUUGGUUGCCACAGCUGUUCGGCUGAAGAUGAACUCUGGUUUUUCCCAGUGCCCUGUGAUGGUCCAGCAUGUAGCUCACCUGGUCAGAGUCCUGGCUAGGCCCCAGCAGCAUGCUCUAUUGCUCUCAGAAUUCCGGGGUACUGGGCGCUAUACAGCCAUCAUCCUGGCUUCUAGCAUUUGUCAGGCUCACCUUCAUUAUUUAUCGGUCGAAUCAGAGGAAGCUAUUUUCCAAUGUCUCCGAGAUGCCAGCUGGCAUGCUGGCCUGUUAAACCAGCCAGUGGCUCUUUUGGUGCCUGAAGGAGUGAAUGUUGCUAUCUUUUGCCGACUAUUGGCCCUGGCAACCUCAGGUAGCUUCCCUGACCAGUACACAGAAGCAGAUCUGGAUAACAUCGAAGAGCACUUCCCCAAGGAGAACAUUGCGAACAAACAUGCCAUUAAGAGGGACACAAUACUGAAUAGGUUUUACCAGCAAGUGUGUAACAACCUCCACAUGUUCUUCAUGGUGGGAGAUAACCAAGCCCAAAAUCAGCUGGCCCCUACCCUUUUCCUGAAUCUCCUUCAAUUGACCAUUGCCAGUGUUGAACGCUAUGAACCCUGGGACCAAGCUUCUCUGGUCAGGAUUGCUCAAUUCUGCCUGGAGAAUGAUCACAGUCUACCUCUUGAUGAUGGUUCCUUGAAGUACCCAGAUUUCAAGCACUUAAUUCCUAAUGUGGCCAACAUCAUGGCUCGCAUCCAUGUUUCAUCUGCCUGUUACCAUAAACACAUGUGCCCUGCAUUGCCACUUGUCACCCCCAAGACCUUCCAGGACUUCUUGGAUAUGUUCCUGCAGCAACAGCAGCAGAUGGUCCUGCAGAUGAGGAUGAGGGCCAGUCGCAUUCAGACUGCCUUGAAGACUCUGAGGCUGAUGGUUGAGAGGCACAGUACCCAAACCAGCCUGCUCACUGACUUGGAAGCACAGCUAAAAGGCUCCUACAAAAGUGUUGGUAUAUGUCAAGGCCAACUCGAGCAAUCCAAGAUCAUGUACAGGCAGAAGAUGAUAGAAUGCCAACAUCAGGAGAGCCUCAUUGAGAAUCUGGUCAGGCAGCAUGAUGCCCUAAAGGCUCAACAGGAGGUUUUCCUGGAGCAGAUGGGCAAGGCAUUUGUAGGUCCUUUGAGCCAGCUGCGGGUGGCUGACUUUGAGGAGAUAAGAAGCUAUCGAGCCCCACCAGAGUCUGUAGUCAAGGUGACAGAUGCAUUGUGUGACCUGUUCCACCAAGAGACAGGCUGGUCCAGUGCCAAGCAGCUGUUAUGUACUGAAGACUUUUAUCAGGAGCUGGUAUUCUUCCCCAAAGAGAAGCUGACGGACUCAGAGUUGGUCAAGUUAAACGAAGCUCUAAGGGCUCCAGGUAUGAGUGAUGCAGCCUUGAGGUCAGUAAGCAUUCCUGCAGCAAACCUGGCAGUCUGGCUCUGGGCGGUCCUGCGCUAUGGGUUGGCACAACGCCGAGGAUUGCCCACUGGCCUGCUGCUGCGGCAGGUAGAUGCAACACUGGCUCGGGAGCAGGCACGCCUUGGCCAGUUCCAGUUUCAGGCCCAUGAUCUGCUAGAGCAAACUCGGUCUUUGACUAAAAAGCUAGAAGAUGCCCAAGUCAGCCAUAACCAUGUAAUGGAGACCCUCAAUCAGGCACAAUGUGGAAACUUUCAGAAAUGGCCCAUGGAGUCCGCACUGCUCACGCCCAUGCACAUGUGGACAACACAGCUCCAGAAGUUGCAGGAGCAAGCCAAGACUGUGUUUGGAGAUGCACUCUUGUGCUCAGCUGCCAUCAUCUAUCUGGGUCCCUUCCCACCACAGAGGCGUCAAGAACUGCUAGAAAAGUGGCUAUCUCUGUGUCAGGGCUCUGAGGAAGCCCUAGACCCAGAUGAUGUGGCACGGGCACUGAGGCAGAAAUCUGUUGGGGUACCAAAGAACCCUCUGCUGCCCACACGUACUCCCUUCAGUAUUUUGACCUUGCUGAGCUAUGGAUCUGAACUGCACCAGUGGGAUCGAGACCUGAAGCCCCAAGCAAAGUCAGCCCGUCUGCUAGGCCUGCUGCUGCGAAGCCACAUCCAUUUCAGCAGUUCCCGUUGGCCUUUGCUAAUUGACCCCAGCAACCAGGCCAUCAUGUGGUUGAAUCCACUACCUCCAAAACAGAACAGGUCGUUGGAACCAUCUCCCAAAGAGAGCAAAGAAAAGUUCCAUGUGACAAAACAAGACAGUGGGGAUAAUACAGAAGAUGAACUGGAAGAUGAGAACAAUGAAGAGGAAGAUGAGGCCAAUGAGCAAAGAAAAGAGCAGAAAGCAGAGGAAAACAAGAUUCAGGGAGAGAACGAGCAGGAAGUACAAGAAACAGAAAAAGAGAAUGAGCCAGAGAGCUCAGGCUCACACUCAAGUCUCCCUUCUGAGACUCAGUCUCUGCCCUCCUGCCUCACUGUGCUCUCAGGCACUGACCCAGAGUUGGGUCCCCAGCUCCUGGAGGCAGCUGCCAAUGGCUUGCCUGUGCUCUUGACCAAUGUGGAGCUGAGCCUAGGGUGCCAAGAACUUCAAUGGCUGUUGUCAAAGAAGAAUCUGAGUCCACCCUCCGUGCAGCCUGGCUUCUGUCUCUUUCUGAGCACUACCUUUCCCAUCCAUGCUUUGAGCCGAGUACUAGGUUUUGAAAUGCUGAAAGGGUUGAAUGUUCUGGAUCUGGGUCUGAACAUGGAAAUACUAGAAGAACAAAUGCUGCAUGAAAUCCUGUGCAGAGAGCGCCCUGAGCUUGAAACCCGCUGGCAAGAUCUCAAAAUCAGAGCAGCAGAUACCUAUGAAGCUAUGAAGGCUGAUGAGGAACAGUUGCUGGUGACAUUGCUACGUCAGAACCAAAAGCGUCAGAAACCAUCCAAGUUUUUGAGAAAAAUGGUGAGGACUCAGGCAAAGAUAUGUCAACUGAAUGCUCAAAUGGAAGAGCUAGAAGACCAGAAGCAGGAGGUGGUGGCAUUGUGGGCACCCUACCGGCCCGUAGCUUAUCAUGGAAUGGCUAUGGUAGAAGCUCUAAGCCCUCUACAGAACCUUCUGCCAUCUUUCUGUAUGACGUCAGAGAAUUGGUUGGCAGUCAUCAGGCGGGCUAUAGACAGUAUGAAGUCAUAUGACAGUUAUCGUGGAGAAGACUUGCCCAGCCAUCUGCUUCGGUUGAAAAUACACCUGGCCCGCCAGCUGCUGACCAACACUGUGGUUGCCCUAGGCUUGAUCCAAACACCCUUGGUGGGUGCCUUCGGUGCUUUGGCCAUGCUGCAAGUGACAACGAAGACACCAAAGCUAGAGAGAUUGGCAUUAUGGCCUGGACUGUCAGCCUCUCCCAGCUCAGGUCACAACAUGCAGAUCCCUGGUGUGAUUAGGCCAGCCUGGCUAAGUUCAAAAGCCUGGGAAGAAUGUGGAGCAUUGGAACUGUUGCCCCCAUUUGCAGGGCUGUGUGAAUCCCUGGCAGGUCACUCUGGUGUGUGGCAGGAUUACCUGUCACUAUCAUCCACUGUGCUAGGUCCUGCACCUGGUCCUAAUUCUGAGCCACUUAGCCUCUUCCAGAAGCUGAUUCUGUGGCGGGUACUGCGACCAGAUUGCCUGGCAGGUGCCCUAGCAGACCUCACCACCAGCCUAUUAGGUCGGCCACUAGAUGAAAACCUGGGUGCUCCUACCAUGAUCUUUGAACAUAUUCAGCCUACUCAGCCCAUACUGAUCUUGCUGCCACCACCUGGCCACCCUACAGCCACCCUGCAUCCUGUGACUGUUAUCCGGAAACUGGCUGCCAAUCACGAAAAGCCUCAGCAUCUACAUGUGAUAGCACUGGGCUCGGAAGACUGGGAUCCUGUAUCAACUGUAGUCAACACUCUAUGCCAGGCUAUGCUCCAGGGGCACUGGCUAGUGCUAGAUAACUGUCAUUUGAUGCCCUUUUGGCCAAGAGAGCUCUUACAGCCAUUGCAGGGACUGCUGGAUAGAGCCAGGGUGGUCUCAGACUCUGAACUGCUAGCUGAACCAGAGAGCAGGAGUGUGGUCACCGUCCAUAGAGAUUUCCGUCUUUGGCUGAUUGUGCCUACCGAGGCCAGUACUUCCUUGCCAGGGAUGCUGACCCAGAGCUCCAUGCCUGUUUUCUGGAAUCAGUCCUUAGAACUGGGCCGGAUCUUGAUCGACAGUUUGGAUUCCCAGCAAGGACUCUGCACACAACCUCUCACCCAGACACUGCCUUUAUUCUUCUUGCAUGGUCUCCUACUUCACAGACAGCUCUAUGGGUUAAAGCUGCAAGCACACAGGGGGCGCUGGAGUCAAGUGACCUUGACCAGGGCUCUUCAGAUCCAAGAGCAGCUGUGGGCUAGUCUCGGGAACCCCAGUGCUGCCUUGCUGGAGCUGACUGCUUCAGUUCUCUACGGAGGUUCUUUGGGGGACCUAGAGGACAGAGAGGCCCUGGUUAGCCUGACAAGAACCUGCCUAAAUCCCAGAAACAUGAACUGGGACCAGCCACAUACUCCCCAAUAUCUCCUGGCCACUCUGAUGCCCAGCCCAGAGCUAGGGGAACUGGAUGCCAGGACAGAUUGCAAGGCCCAGAUGCACCUACUGCCCACACCACCUGAACCUCGUACCUGUGGACUAAACGAAGCGCCCCAGGCCUGGCUGAUGAGACGCCAAAGUCGUGUUCUCCUGAAUGCGCUGCAGAAGUGUUCAUCCACGUGGGUUCCUACAGUUUGUGGAGGAAUUGCCCAGCGCAAAGAAAGGCAACUUCAGCAACGCCUGGCACAAGCCAAGAAGAGGCUGGUGGCACUUCAGGCUUUGCUAACCAACAACCGUAUUCGCUCAGGCCAGUGUGUCACCCCCUGGGCAGUGUUAGGACCCAAUGCCCGGCGACCUCUAGAGGGUUUCUUAGAGACCGAGGUGCUGGAACUGAAGCACCUGGUGGGUACACUGCUGUGUGACCUUGACUGCCUAUUGCAGCAGCUGAAGGGCGGGACCCCAUGCACUUCCAGUCGCUGCGCUAAGGUAGCCCAGGCUCUUUGGGCUGGACACCUACCUCAGCCUUGGAGAUCUCAUGCUCUUGCUGGUUCACAGCUUCCCUGGCUAUGGCUGCGGCAACUGUCCCGCCGUGGGCACCUGUUGAUUCGCUACCUGGACAGUGGCAUGAGCGAAAAUGCCAACAAACCAGAGCGCAUAUUUCACCUGUCGGCUUUCCGCCACCCUGGUCGCCUGUUGCUGGCAUUGCGUUGGGAGGCUGUCCUGGAGAACUCGGUGCACAACCCCAACCUUCCUGGUCACCAAGACUCUAUCUCUGGCAGUCUCCCACCUAAAUGGCAGGAGUUGAGCAAUCACCCUCUGCAUAUUUGGGUGGAGAAUGGUCCAAAUCCCAAAGUUCCUAAGAUGGGACUGCUGCUGACUGGGUUACAACUCCAGCAUGCCGAGUGGGACCAGACAGAUGGAGCCUUGCAGGACAGUUUUUCCAGCCAACCCUGCCCCCUGCCUCCUGUCAGCAUCAGCACACAAGCCCGGCGUGGCAAAGAUGCACCUGUCUCAGCUGGUCUGGGCAUGUACUCCUGUCCUGUAUACAUGACUGGGCCCUUUGGCACCACUAAGCUGCAUAGCAAGAACAUCCUGAUGCACCUGCCACUCCCCACAAGGCUCAGCCCUGACACAUGUAUUCAACGGAGAGUACAUGUGUGCAGCCCAACUUUAACCUGAGCCCUGACCAAAAUAAAGCUGUAGUGAUGUCAA